AUGCAGGCUGCAAGCUUGAAGAGCAUGUCCAGCCAAUACACAGACAUCCGGAAGCAGCUGGAAUCUGAUGAGCAGCUCAAAAUUCUCAUGGCCGGCCUGCGCGGCAGCAAUCUGAAUGACAGCGACUACGCAGAGGAAGGCGUCACAAUGAGCCUUGUAGAGGUGUGCGAAAAGCAGAGGGAUGAUGCGGAUGAUUGUCUGCCGCUGGUGUACGAUCCUGCAAAGAUUGCUGAAUUCUGGGCGAGGAGACCUGUCGCCGUAGCCACUCGCAUCGUGCAGCUGCUGAGUAUUGCCGGAGGCUUCCUCAGCGGCUUCCUCUGGGACCUAGCCAAUGGGAAGCUGGCAGAGACAGAGGUGAAGCGCGCCAUACAGCUGAGGAAUAUUGUCACAUCACUGGGCCCUGCCUACAUCAAGCUGGGACAGGCGCUGAGCAUCAGGCCUGACAUCCUGUCUCCAGCAGCGAUGAACGAGCUCCAGAAGCUUUGCGACAAAGUGCCGUCUUACAACAAUGACGACGCCAUGCAAGUCAUCUGCGAUGAGCUUGGUGCCCCGUGGUAUGAGGUGUAUGCAGAGUUGUCACCGCGGCCCAUAGCCGCUGCAUCACUGGGGCAGGUGUACAAAGGGAAACUGAAGACCGGGGAGACAGUGGCUGUGAAAGUGCAGAGACCUGGAGUGCUGGAGACAGUAUCCAUCGAUCUGUUUGUCAUCAGGCGCAUUGGUGUGUUCCUGCGCCGCUUUCCAGAGAUCAAGACGGAUGUCCCGGCCUUGAUUGACGAAUGGGCCAGCAGAUUUUUUGAGGAGCUGGACUAUGUGAAGGAGGGCCAGAAUGCCACCAGAUUUGCCGAGUCAAUACGGGAGGACUUGCCACAGGUGGUGGUGCCACGGACAUACACAGAGUACACACGAAGGAGGGUGCUGACAUCGCAGUGGAUCGACGGGGAGAAGCUGUCCCAGAGCAAGGCAGAUGACGUGGCCAGCCUGGUGAAUGUGGGCGUGGUCUGCUACCUCAAGCAGCUCCUGGACACUGGCUUCUUCAUGGCAGACCCACACCCAGGAAAUCUCAUUCGGACUCCAGAUGCACGCCUCGCCAUCCUGGAUUUUGGGCUCAUGACCUACAUCGAUGACAACAUCAAAUAUGGGAUGAUUGAGGCAAUCUCUCACCUCAUACACAGGGACUAUGAGGCCAUUGUCCAGGACUUUGUGACUCUGGAUUUUAUCCCUAAAGGCACAGAUCUCUCGCCCAUUCUGCCGGUGCUGGCAAAGGUGUUUGACCAGGCGCUCGAAGGCGGAGGAGCGAAAAACAUUAACUUUCAAGAAUUAGCGGCGGAUCUUGCACAAAUCACAUUUGACUACCCAUUCAGGAUUCCGCCUUAUUUUGCUCUCAUCAUCCGUGCCAUCUCAGUGCUCGAGGGAGUGGCCCUCGUGGCCAACCCAGAUUUUGCCAUUGUCGACGAGGCAUACCCCUAUGUUGCCAAGAAACUGCUCACGGACCAGAGCCCCAGGCUGCAGGCAGCUCUCCAAUACAUGAUUUACGGCAAGGAGAACAAGUUCAAUGCAGCGCGGCUGAUCGACCUGUUGGGCGCGUAUGAGACCUUCCGGGAGGCUCACUGCUCGACGGGGGCGCGGGAGGCGCUGAAGCUGCUGCUGUCGCCAGAGGGCAAGUUCUUCCGCGAGUUCAUCACAAAUGAGGUGGUGCUCAGCAUCGACGCCAUGUCGCGGACGCAGCUGGUCUCUCUGGUGGAGCGCCUUGGCCUCUCCGGCAUCCGCCUGCCCGUCCUGCUGCCCGGGGCAGCCAACAGCUGGGUGCCUCUCAGCCCGCAUUUGACAGAGGAGGACAGGCGCGCGGUGGACAAUGUGGCCAUUGUUGUGGAGUUUCUGGUGGGCUCCAGGACAGACAGCUCUGAGACAAUGCAGCAGGUUGCACCUCUGCUGCCGGAGGUUGCUGCUCAGAUGCUGCCAGGGAUCAUCAGCCGUCUCACCUCCCGAAUCGCAGCGCGGACUUUGCGCGAGUUGUAUAUGUUGCCCUCUUGA